CCCGCGUGCAGGCAGUUGGCACCGGGUCACUGUGGUGCCCGGCGUCCCUUCCAGGCGGCGGCUGGGACAGGAGCCCUCCAGGGUACACUUGGCUCUCAGACAGCCCCCGAGUCAGGCCAGGGCGAGCCGGCGGCCAGGCCCAGGUCCGGAUUUGCGGAGCGUCAGCGGCGGUGCCAGGGCAACCCCCUCCCCAGCUGUGACUGCGAGCGGCGUGCGCUCGCAGCCUCCUCCCGGACGGCCUGCUGGUUGCCAGGCAACGGCGGGGCGGGAGCGCGGGCGGUCUACCGCGCACCCCGCGGGGACGCACGGCACGUCGCGGCUGGCCCGCUGCGUCAGCGCGCUCACCCGGAAGCGGCGAGUGGUCGACAUGGCGGCCUCUUCGUCAGGCCUGGGCCUCGGCCUCGGCCUGGGCCUAGGUGGCGGCGGCGGCGGCGGCGGCGUAAGCCCAGGGGCCGAGGCCGGGGACUUCCUGGCUCGGUACCGGCUGGUGUCGAACAAGCUGAAAAAGCGUUUCCUGCGGAAGCCGAACGUGGCCGAGGCCGGCGAGCAGUUCGGACAGCUGGGCCGGGAGCUGCGCGCCCAGGAGUGCCUGCCCUACGCGGCCUGGUGCCAGCUGGCCGUGGCGCGCUGCCAGCAGGCGCUGUUCCACGGGCCCGGGGAGGCGCUGGCCCUGACCGAGGCCGCGCGCCUCUUCCUGCGCCAGGAGUGCGACGCCCGGCAGCGCCUGGUCUGCCCCGCCGCCUACGGCGAAGCUCUGCAGGCGGCCGCUAGCGCCCUGAGCGCCGCUGUGCGCCUGCACCUGGAGCUGGGCCAGCCGGCCGCCGCCGCCGCCCUGUGCCUGGAACUGGCCGCCGCCCUGCGCGACCUCGGCCAGCCGGCCGCCGCCGCCGGCCACUUCCAGCGCGCCGCCCAGCUGCACCUGCCCCAGCUGCCCCUGGCCGCGCUGCAGGCGCUUGGCGACGCUGCCUCGUGCCAGCUGCUGGCGCGAGACUACACCGGUGCCCUGGCGGUCUUCACGCGCAUGCAGCGCCUGGCGCGCGACCAUGGCAGCCACCCCCUGCCGCCGCCCCCGCCGUCGCCGCCCCAGCAGCCGGGACCCGGUGCGGCCUCUGCGCCGCUCCCCGCGAACUCGGGCUCGGCCGCGCCCUCCCCCGCCACGCUGGGCGCCUUCUCGGACGUGCUGGCCCGGUGCGAGGUGUCCCGCGUACUGCUGCUGCUGCUCCUGCAGCCGCCACCCGCCAAGCUCCUGCCCGAGCACGCCCAGACCCUGGAGAGGUACUCCUGGGAGGCCUUCGACAGCCACUGCCAGGACAGCAGCAGCGGCCAGCUUCCUGAGGAGCUGUUCUUGCUGCUGCAGUCCUUGGUCAUGGCCACCCAUGAGAAAGACACGGAAGCCGUCAAGUCGCUGCAGGUGGAGAUGUGGCCACUGCUGAGUGCCGAGCAGAACCACCUCCUUCACCUAGUUUUGCAAGAAACCAUCUCCCCCUCGGGACAGGGCGUCUGAUGAAUCCCAGCAACCGAGAUGCCCUUUUGCCAGAGACCCAACCACCCCACAGCACGCCCAGUACCUUUCCCCUCCCCUCCCCUCCCCACUUUGCCACUGGGGAGAAAUAAAAGAUGGUCUUCUUGC